CUGGCAUCCUUCGUCCCCGACAAGGUGUUCGACUGCCACGCCCAUCUGUGGCGCGGCGACGCCUACGCCGCCCCGCUGCCGCCCGGUUUUCCGGCCGACAUGAACAGCGACGACUACCUGCGCCUGACCGGCGAGGUGUUCCCGAACCGGACGCUGGGCGCCUGGUUCCUGCCGAAGCCAGUCGUCAAGCGCCGGGACCAGGCCCUGCGCGUCAGCGAGUGGGUGGGCGAAUCGCUGGCCGGCAAGCCCACCUGCCGGGGGGCGUUCCUGGUCAAGCCGGAGGACGACCCGGAGUGGGUGCGCGAGCAUGCCCGCAGGCUCGGCCUGCGCGGGCUGAAGUGCUAUCACACCUUCUCUCUGCGCAAGCCGACGCUGAACGCGGAGAUCCCGGAAUACCUGCCGGAGGCGGUGAUGCAGGUCGCGCACGAGGAGGGGUGGUACGUGACCCUGCACAUGGUCAAGGACCGGGCGGUCGCCGACCCCGGCAACCAGCACUGGAUCCGCACCUAUUGCGAGCGCUACCCGGACAUGAAGCUCAUCCUCGCGCACUCGGCGCGCGGCUUCCAGCCGUCACACAACUUCGAGGGGCUGCCGAAGCUGGCCGACCUGCCGAACCUGUACUUCGACUCCAGCGCCAACUGCGAGCCGAUGGCGCACGUGGCGAUCAUGCGCAUCUUCGGCCACGACCGGUUCAUGUUCGGCACCGACUUCGGCGCCGCCAGCCACAGCCACGGCCGCCACUGCUCGGUGGCCGACACCUUCUUCUGGGUCUACGACGACGCGCCGGUCUGGGAAGAGAGGCACACCACGAUCAAGCCGGUCUCCAUCGUCCUGGAGCACCUGCGCUCGGUGAAGUGGGCCUGCUGGGCGGAGCGGCUCACCGACCGGCAGAUCGAGGACGUGUUCUGGGGCAACGCCGCCCGCCUGUUCGAGCUCUGA